AUGGGUCCGUGGUUAGCAGUCCUAGAGGCAUGGCUAGUGAAAAAACUACUUGAGAGUCAGACAUUCCACCAGGGUGUUCGACGAGUUCACAAGAGUAUUUACCGUCUACGCCACGGCCCUCUAGAAGGAGACGACGGCGGCACAAACCUCGAGAGACAAGGUCCAGGUUUCGGGAAGCAUUUCUGGGACGAAAUUCAGGCACAGGUUGGUCGCAAGAAGCCUGAGAAUCCGCUCGAGAAGUCCGACCCAACACACACUACACAAUCGCAUUACUCUACCUCGAAUCAAUCUGCACGAGAGCAGACUACAAGACGAAGAACAGACACUCCGCCUCAAUCUCCAAAGGAAGGCUUCUUGUCACACUUCAUGGACGAGCUACGCUCACAAACCCGCGGCCGCGACAAGAACCCAUGA